CAGCUCUAAGCAUGGCGAUUAAUAUUUUCCUUAUAAUUCUAGCCAUGAUUGGUUUGGACCAAGGCAUGAGUUUGGGCCAGGACGAAAGGAUACGCUAUGACAACUUCUCAGUGUAUAAGGUCAAGCUGGAGACUCCAGGACAGAGGAAUCUAUUUAAAAAGCUAACAGAGGAUCGUAACAAUUUCAAAUUUUGGGGUGAAGCCAAAGAUGAGGUGCACUUGAUGGUCAGUCCGGGUGGCUUUAGCGAAUUAGAAGCUGAACUCCAGAAGACCAAUGCCAGUGCAAAGCUUUUCAUCAGUAAUGUACAAGAGCUCAUCGACUCCGAGGAAAGUGCCAAUCUUAUGGCCGCCAGGGAUGGCUCAUUCGGUUGGAAGAAGUACAACACUUUGGCAGAAAUUUAUGCCUGGUUGGACGAUAUACUGGCGGCAUACCCUGUAACAACAGAAGGCUUUGUCCUGGGUCAAUCCUAUGAGGGACGAACUAUUCGAGGCAUUAAAAUCUCCUUUAAAUCGGGCAAUCCCGGUGUAUUUAUCGAGUCCAACAUUCAUGAGGAGUGGAUCACCUCUGCCACAGCCACUUGGUUAAUCAAUGAGUUUCUAACCUCCAGCGAUGAGCUGGUCAGGCAGCUCGCCGAAAGUCAUGACUGGUACAUAGUGCCUGUUUUGAAUGUGGACGGUUUUGUUUAUACUCACGAGAAGGAUCGCAUGUGGCGCAAAACCCGUCAACCUUCUGAUAUUUCCCCCUGCGUUGGUGUCGAUCCCAAUCGCAACUUUGACUCCCAUUGGAUGGAGAACAAUGGUGCCUCUUCGAAUCCUUGUGCCGAGGACUACGGCGGACCGAAAGCCUUCUCAGAGCCAGAGAUUCAGGCCAUGGCUGAUUUUGUAAGCAGUCUCAAGGGUAAGAUUAACGUAUUGGUAGCCUUCCACUCGUACAGUCAGAUGCUGCUUUCGCCCUAUGGACACACUUCGGAGGAAGUUCCACCCAAUUAUGAUGACUUGAUGGACGUGGCUAAGGCUUACGCAGAUGCGGUUGAGAGUCUGCCAUAUGGCAGUUAUACAUAUGGAACAUCUGCGGGUAUCAUGUAUACCGCUUCUGGAGCCACAAUUGAGUGGGCUUACAACGAACAGGACAUUGAGAUAGCUUACACCAUUGAAUUCAGAGACACUGGUCGCUAUGGGUUUAUCCUUCCCCCGGCACACAUAAUUCCCAACGCGGAGGAGGCUCUGGUCGGUCUAGUGGCCCUCUUAGAUAAGUGUAAAGAGUUGGGUUAUCUAAAUCUCAAGAGUUAGUGGCAAAAGGCUGGGGAAUUCUCAGUGCAAUAAAUGAAUAAAGAUUAAUUACAGAUAAUCAC